AUGGUUAGAUCUACAUCCCAGAGGCCAAAAAAAGGUUCAAGGGAAUCAAAGUUCUAUCUCCUGGGAGGAGGUAUCAAUGGACUCCCCCUACUUACUCUACCUCCAUCUCUGCUUCAUUCAGUGGAACAAUCAGUGUUGAAAGAGUCAGGGGGAGGCUCUCAUCAAGCUGGAAGCAUCCUGAAACUCAAAUGUGAAACCUCUGGUUUCCAAUUCAAGACAAGCAAACUUGGCUGGUACCUUUGGGCACCUGGUAAUGCCCCACUAGGAUUGACCAAUCUCAGCAGUAGUUCAACAGAUGUCACUGAAGACCGAAUCACCACCUCCAGGGAGGACAGUAGGAGCCGAAUUUUCCUACAGAUUAAGGACCUGGGUCUCAGAGAUUCUGGCCAAUACCAUUGUGUAAGGAGGGUGGGCCCUGGAGAUGACACAGACAAAUUGGUCUUUGGUCUUGGGACAGAUGUGACUGUGGAGACUGGACUUGGAAACCCACUAUCACCCAGUGUGUUCUUGGUGAGGAGUCAGGAUGCUAUGGCCUGCCUGAUCAGGAAUUUCUACCCCAAGGAAAUCCAUGUGUCCUUGGCAUCCUCUGGGCCUUUGAUCUCAGCCCAGACUCAUACUCUGGGUCCCAUGGCCAAUGGCAAUUACAAUGCCAUCCAGAUUGGCAGGGUUGGUGAGAAUCAUACAGUAACCUGCACAGUGAAGCACAUUGGAAAAGAGAUGAAUAUGUCCCACAAGCCAGGUAUGAUUAGCCCCUGGGGUGAAGAAGACUGAGAACAGGGGUAUUUUAGUCUAAGAAGGGACAUUGUAUGUUCACUGAAG